AUGGCUCUCGGUCUUUUCUCCAUCCCAGGCUUGGGCGCAUGGUUCGGGGUGCGUUACCAAUCACAACAUAAACGUGCCAAGCUGCUCAAGGAGAGGAUGGGCUCUACAAAGUUCCUGGGCUCCCAGGUCGGAGGGAGCACCGUCAUCAAUUACUCUUACACCGACUUCCCCUACAAGCUGCUCGCUUGGGAUAUCUACUACUUCUUCGAGUACAUCUGGGCGCUGCCGUGGAUCGUCUGGCCCGUCACUCCGGCCGACUCUGGCGACCUCGACGAGCUGGCCUUCACCAGACAGAACCUCUUUUGCAUUUUCAUGCACAUUAUUCUAUUUGUUCUACAGCUUGUCUUCGUUCUGGCCCUGCCCUUCGCCAUUAUAUUGCCAAUCUGGGUGGCUGGGCUCGCUUCGGCCGCCUUCUUCACUCUCAACUAUCUGCUUUGCCUCCUGAUCAACGGCCCGACGCUCACGUACACCUCGGACCCCAAGUAUGCCCCCGAGCUGCCGGAGCAUGCGCACGAAAAAUGGGUUUUCCUUAACGGUGUUGCUGUGGGGGAACACUGGAUGAAGAACAACCUCAACAGGCUGGCUCUUACCUUCAAGCGGCCUAUUCUGGGUAUCCACAACCAAACGUCAGGAAUCCUCUUCGACGUUGUCGAAUGUCUCAUCCAGCGGAACCUGGGCUACGCCACGUAUGAUGUACGGAUGUGCUACCGCAUUGUUAAGGAAACGCUCUACAACCCUCAAUACUCCAAAGUUGUUUUUGUUCUGCACUCACAGGGCGGCAUCGAGGGUGGUCUCGUUCUUGAUUGGUUGUUGCAGGAACUGCCACAAGACCUCCUUGCCAAACUCGAGGUAUACACCUUUGGAAACGCUGCAAACCACUUCAACAACCCUCAUCGGCACGCAUUGUCCCAGGCUCUGGCGCAGAAUAAUCCCGCUGCCAUGACUCUGACCACCACUACGAUGACACAUGGAGAGCUCACCAGCAGCCCCAUAUCCUCAGUCACCAACAGUGACCUUGGUCAGGUUUCAAGUCUGAGCAGCGGAAGCAAGAGUCAGAAGAGCCUGUCUGGAACCCCAACCAUUCGUAAUGAAUCAUCGUCGACUUCGUCACGGUCCUCGACUGCAGCGCUAGACAGAGCCAUAGGCCACGUUGAGCACUACGCCCACUCGACCGACUUCGUGGCGAUUUGGGGUGUCCUACACUUCUGCACGUCCUUGACUGCUGACCACACCAUGCCACGCUUCAUCGGGCGGCUAUUUGUGCGCGCCUCGGAGCGCGGCGGCCACCAGCUUUGCCAGCACUACCUCGACGGCAUGUUCCCUCUCGCCAGGGACCCGAAGACGGGUGAGUUCAUCGGGGCUUCGGACGAAAACGAGUUCAUGGAGAGCGAGAUCCAGGUCGGUCGGGAAGGCGACGCUGGAUUCAACGCCCGCGAGGCGUUUGAGGUGUCGUAUCUCGGCCGUGGCUUCGCAAGCGAAGUUGAAUUCCACGGAGAGCACGUCAAGGGAAGGCACAGGAAGAGAACGGUCAAGGUCAAGGAUCUCUCCCGACUGUGGCUGUAUCGCAACGGUCGCAGCCCUCCCGAGACGCCGCCACUGCUGUACACGGAGAAUGGCAUUGUUAGGAACGCGACUCUGUGA